AUGUUGUGUCUUUCUCUCGUUCUCCUGCUCUGCGUGGCUUCUGCCUCCGGAAUCUACACCAAUACAUCCUCCACGGCCCAGCCAACGCCGACCCCGUGGAUCCAGGGAUACCUCGAAAACGACCUGCCGCGGUUCGCCAUCUACGUGCCCACAGAGCUCGGCCCUUGGGACUCUGUCUCGUUUGUCUCGAUCGGCAAAACGUCAAACUUUGAGUGGGUGCCGGGCACCGCCGAGAUUUUGGCCGGUCCCGCCGCUGUGAAAUCCGGAAUCCAGGACUUUUCCACCGCCUCUGCCGCCGACGUUGUCGUGUCCACGCCGUUCUCGUCGCUCAGCAGCGCCGACGUGCUCCAGUUCGUGUCGCCUGAAGCCACAAACGUCUACAACCGCGUCUUCACCGCCACGUUCGCCGUUGUCAUCGGCGACGCCGCUUCCAACUCCAAGAGAGACGAGCACGUGUACUACCUCACUGCCACCGUCAGUUUAGUCCAGGAAGAGACCUCGUCGCUGCCACAGCUCACCACGCUCGUCACCACCACCUGCCCGGGCGGAAAAUGCUCCGUCCAAACCGUGACAGAGUCGCUGUCCUCUUACACAACUGUCAUCGGCAACCAUAGCACUGUGAUCACCGAGUACAACGUCAUUCCGGGCUCCACGGCCGCGCCACUGACCUCCACCACGGCCCCAGCCCCAACCUUUACCGGCUACCACUUCAAUAGCACACAGACGGCCAACACAUCGAGCACCUACGUGCCCCCACCAACGACACAAACGACCAAAAUUAACACGCUCACAAGGCACACCCACACCACCAAGAGCACGCUGAGCUCGUCAUCCUCGUACUCGGCCAGCGUGGCCUCGACAGUCACCACAUACCACGACGCCGCUGGCAAGAACGUGGCCACCGGGUUGGUGGCCGCUGUCGGAAUGGUUAUGGUGUGGCUGGUGUAA